AUGAGUAAAGUAUACGAUUGGUUUGAAGAAAGAUUAGAAAUUCAAGCAAUAGCAAAUGAUAUCACAAGUAAAUAUGUACCUCCUCAUGUUAAUAUCUUUUAUUGCUUAGGAGGAAUUGUAUUUACAUCAUUUUUAAUUCAAGUAGCAAGUGGUUUUGCUAUGACAUUUUACUACAGACCAACUGUUACAGAAGCGUUUUCUUCUGUUGAAUAUAUUAUGACCGACGUCAACUUUGGAUGGUUAAUUAGAUCUAUACACAGAUGGUCGGCAAGUAUGAUGGUUUUAAUGCUUAUACUUCACAUGUUCAGAGUAUAUUUAACAGGUGGAUUUAAGAAACCACGUGAAUUAACAUGGGUUACAGGAGUUAUAUUAGCUGUACUAACUGUAUCUUUUGGUGUUACAGGCUAUUCAUUACCGUGGGAUCAAAUUGGAUAUUGGGCAGUUAAAAUUGUAACUGGUGUACCAGAAGCUAUACCAGUAGUUGGUGGCAGUAUAGUUGAAUUACUAAGAGGAAGCGUGAGUGUUGGACAAAGUACCUUAACUCGAUUUUAUAGCUUACAUACAUUUGUCUUACCUUUAUUAACAGCUGUCUUCAUGUUAAUGCAUUUUUUAAUGAUACGUAAACAAGGUAUAUCAGGACCUCUAUAA